AUUACAUAACUAAAUUACUGCUUUUAUUUUUAUUAAUUUUUUUCUGUGUGACUUAUAGCCAUUCCUCCAGACGGACCAACCAGAAGGUAUGGACACUAAAACGUGGAGGGAAAGUUGCGCGGACUUGUUCAAAGGAGCUUUCUCCAAUAAGCAGCCACCAAAGAGCCCGGAAGGCCGGUUCUGCAGGCGGAGCUGCAUCUGCUCACCAAUCAGGAGCUGAAAACUCAAAAAGCGACUCCGCCUUCCAGCUGCUCCUCCUUUUUAAAAACAGCGAGGCUCCGAACCGCUGCAUAUUUUCUCUCUGAGUACAGAGAAAGUUUAAAAUAUGGCAAGAACCAAGCAGACCGCGAGGAAAUCCACCGGAGGCAAAGCCCCCAGGAAGCAGCUGGCCACCAAGGCCGCCCGGAAAAGCGCUCCGGCCACCGGCGGCGUCAAGAAGCCCCACCGUUACAGGCCCGGUACCGUGGCUCUCCGGGAGAUCCGCCGCUACCAGAAAUCCACCGAGCUGCUGAUCCGCAAGUUGCCCUUCCAGCGGCUGGUCCGUGAGAUCGCGCAGGACUUUAAGACCGACCUGCGCUUCCAGAGCUCGGCCGUCAUGGCUCUGCAGGAGGCCAGCGAGGCCUACCUGGUGGGGCUCUUCGAGGACACCAACCUGUGCGCCAUCCACGCUAAGAGGGUCACCAUCAUGCCCAAAGACAUCCAGCUGGCCCGCCGCAUCCGUGGAGAGAGAGCUUAGAGGCCGCAGCAGCUCAUGCAAACACAACGGCUCUUUUAAGAGCCAAAACACACACCUAGGGACAAAGGCCUUCAUUCAGUUUUUCAAUAGGUGUACUCAACUAAAAAUUACUGCGAGUGAUA